AUGGCUGGAAGUAAUGAUGCUGCGAUAGCUGCUGCUUUGGAAGCGAUGGCUCAGGCUAUGCAGAACCAACCGAAUGCUGACGAGAAUGUUGGAUCUCGUAGUUUGGUGACUUUCCAAAGGGAGAAUCCGUCAGUGUUCAAGGGUAUGCAUGACCCUGAUGGUGCUCUUGAUUGGCUGAAGGAGCUCGAGCGAAUCUUCCGUGUUAUGGAUUGUACUCCUGCACAGAAGGUUAGAUAUGGCACUCAUAUGCUGGCUAAGGAAGCUGAUGAUUGGUGGUUGGAGACGCUUGCUAGGUUGGAGGCUUCAGGUGAGGAAGUCACUUGGAAUGUGUUUCGUAGGGAAUUUCUGAGAAAGUACUAUCCUGAAGAUGUUCGAGGUAAGAAAGAGAUAGAGUUCCUAGAGUUGACGCAAGGGAACAAGUCCGUGACCGAGUAUGCUGCCAAGUUCACUGAGUUGAUUAAGUUCUAUCCUCACUUUGAUGGCGAAGGUGCUGAGUUCUCCAAGUGUAUCAAGUUCCAAAAUGGAUUGCGUACGGAGAUUAAGAAGGCUAUUGGUUACCAAAAGAUCCGUGUGUUUUCUGACUUGGUGGAUAGUUGCAGAAUCUUUGAGGAAGAUAACAACACUCAUUACAAGAUGGUGAAUGACAAGAAGAGUAAGAAUCAGUAA